CUGAAUUUACUGCACUUACACAAGGUUAGAAUCCAUCGUAAAUCCAUUUUUUCUAACACCAACGAAAUAAAAUAACGGUAAAUAACGACUUCAAGCGGUAACGAAAACGGCGAUAAACUUGGUCGUUUUAGAGUUUCCGCAUACGUCGUUAGAAAUAUCAAAGAGCAGGUGAGAUUUGGUUAACCUCUUUCUCUCUACUUAUCUUCUUCAUCAAAGCUACUCCAUCUCCAUGGCUGAAGUUUUCUCGCUAUAAAUCGACAGAGAGAGACGAUUAUGCUUUAAGAAGCAACCUUUCGAUGAUUCGCCGUCUAUUCUCGUCUCUGACUCACCGAUUCGGCUGGCGGAUUCCGCUUUUCCUCUACGGCGCUACUUGGACGGCGUUUCUGACGAUCACCGUCGCGAUUAUCUCUCUCGCACCGGAGUUCGCGUUCGUGUCGGCGAUUUACCCGUCGUCUUCUUCGGUGGAGUUCUCGCGCCGCUGCGGCUCCGACGCUGCCGUUCUUGUGCCCUUGGAUAUUCCUUCGGAGGUGUUUUGUUUGCCGGCGAAUCUGUUCCGGAGGUCGAAGAUGGACCUCGUUGUGCCGCCGGUUUUUGCAGCCAUAGUGGUCGCUGUCUCCGCCGCUGUGGUACGGACAAUGGGCCUUUGGGAGGAAGAAGAAGCAGCCCUUUAACGUAGGCCCAUUAUAUAAUAUAACAUUGCAUAGACUUAUCCUUCGUGGGAUAUGGGGUAUGUGGAUCCUCUUGAUAUGUAAUCUCUUUAGUUUCAUUUGGAGCAAUAAUUAACAUAAAUAUUCACAGGAUAUUAUUAUAUUUAAAUUUAGCGAA